AUGCCCACCUCCUCCCCUGCCAAGGGACAAGCCACGUCCCAGCCUGGGGGACGGGGGAGGAGGCCCGGGCCCCCUGGGCCGCCAGUGUGCAGCAUCCGGCCCUUUAAGUCCAGUGAGCAUUACCUGGAAGCCAUGAAGGAGGACCUGGCGGAGUGGCUUCGGGAUCUCUACGGGCUGGACAUCGAUGCGGCCAACUUCCUGCAGGUGCUGGAGACGGGCCUGGUGCUGUGCCGGCACGCCAACGCCGUCACCGAGGCUGCCCUGGCCUUCCUGGCUGAGGCGCCAGCCCGAGCCCGAAGGACCCGCAUGCCUCGGGCUGGGGUCUCCUGCAACGGGGCCGCCCAGCCGGGCACCUUCCAGGCCCGGGACAACAUCUCCAACUUCAUCCAGUGGUGUCGCAAGGAGAUGGGCAUUCAAGAGGUGUUGAUGUUCGAGACGGAGGACCUGGUGCGGCGCAAGAACGUGAAGAACGUGGUGCUGUGCUUGCUGGAGCUGGGCCGCCGGGCCUGGCGCUUCGGGGUCGCAGCGCCCACCCUGGUGCAUCUGGAGAACGAGAUCGACGAGGAGCUGCGGCAGGAGCUGGCCCUGCCCCCGCCGGACCCCCGGCCGCCCGCGCCCCCCAGGCGGCGGCCCUGCCACUUCCGAAACCUUGACCAGAUGGUUCAGAGCCUCGUCAGCCACUGCACGUGCCCAGUUCAGUUCUCCAUGGUCAAGGUGUCUGAGGGGAAGUACCAGGUGGGCGACUCCAACACCCUCAUUUUUAUCCGGGUCCUCCGGAACCACGUGAUGGUGCGUGUUGGGGGCGGCUGGGACACGCUCAGCCAUUACCUGGACAAACACGACCCCUGCCGGUGUACGUCCCUGUCACACAAGCCAGGCAGCUCUCCGAAGGCCCGGGGGUCGCCGGUGCAGCACGAAGUGAGGGUGCAGGACGAGCCGUCCCAGCCACAGCCCACGAUGACCGUCAGCCGCUCCCAGAGCCCACCGCCCCCUGUGGACUGGAAGACGUACACCUCUUCGAGCCAAAAACUGAGGCCCCCUGCCUCCUCGCCCAGACCCCACAGUGCAUGGGGAGCAGGGGCAGGAGGCCCCCGAGAGACAGCACCAUUCCUGAGGUGCCAGCAGAAGCCAUCUCGGGAGCGCCUGUCAGUUGGGGACAGUCUACACAGCCCCCAAUCCUCACCCACCCCUAGGGGACGAGACCUACAAUGCCCCUCUUCAGGGAAGAGGGAGGGCAGAUACCCCUCUGAACUCCCCAGGGGGAGGACUCCUACAUCUUGGAUUCAUGAGGAGACAGACAGCUGGGGAACCCCUUCCACGGUCCCCACCCCACAGCAACCUGGAGCUCCUGAGGCCCCGGCCCAAGGGACACCAGCAAGAGGACCAUCUCCCCCGCCUCGUUACUCCAGUUUUGCCACGCCCAUGGGCCCCAGGCAGCCGCCCCAGGGUGAAGCUGAGGGUGCCUCCUCCCAGCUCAGGGAGCCAGCCUCUGUCCGUUCUCCAUCCCCUGGUAAAGGGCCCACCAAGACCCCUGUCCAGCUGCCUCAUGCCCAACCGCCUACUCCAGGAGGAAGCUUCCCGGGUACUGCAAGCAGAGGUCCCAUGACAGAAUCAGGGAGAAGCUCUGUUGCUCAAAGAGUCGUCACUGGAGUCUUGGCUGGGUCCGGACAUGGGGACUGCUCUGUGGGAAGGAGGCAAGAGGCCCAGAAGCCAGAUCCCUGGGUGAUGGCAGAAGCUGGAGAGUCCUGGGGCCUGGCCCCACAGAAGCAGGAGAGGAGGUGCACUUCUCCGACCUUGGAUGGGACCAAGGAGCAAGCUGUCUACCAUGGCCUUGAGGAGGAGCUUUUGGCUGAUGAGAAGCUGCUAGAGGUGGGGACUGCUAGUCCCCAGGGCCCAGGGUCCGGACUCAUCCCUCGCAGUGGAGUCUAUGUCCGCAGCCUGGGUGUGCGGUGGCCUGAGCCUGGGGGUCCUUAUGACAAAGUCAUCCAAGAACUGGCUCAGGGACCCCCACCCCUUAAUAAAGUCGACAUGGCGGCCUGGAAGGCUGCCUGUACCAGCUCCCCUAAGCUGGCUGUUACUACAGGCCCAGGAAGCCCAGGAGGGCAGCUGGGAGACAGAGAGAGUGCGCCAAGGACAAAGGCAGCCGUGAGCGUCUGGGGCACCAAGACCAGGAAGGUCCCGGCUCCAGGAGGGCCAGACUGCUCAGGCCCGACUCUGCCUGCCAGCCUGGAGGCCCCCGCACCUUCGCCCCCGGACCCGAAUUCCGACCAAGCCAAGGCAUGUCCAGGCAAGGGCAAGAGAACACUCCGGAAGCCCCAGAGAGUGCCAUCUAUUUACAAACUGAAGCUGAGGCCCAGAAUCCGGCCCCGGAGAGACCACAGGCCUGAGAAGCAGCCUUCACGAAUCCCCAAGCCCCUGCCCCACCUCUGCCUGGGUCCCACCAGGGCGCCCCCUAGGGGCAGGCUGGAGAGAGCGUCGGCGCUGGGUGCAGAGGGAGGGGAGGCGGUCCGGGUGGGUGGAGCCCGGGCGGGGGAGCGGGAGGAGGGUGAGCCCUCGGCUCCGAGGGAGGGCAGGGCCCAACCUUCGGGCCCGGGACCCGGGCAGCCUGACCGAGUCCCACGCCCUCCUGAGGAGGAGUCCUGGGUCUAA